AUGACACUCUUGAAGCUAGUAAUAUUUUUCCAAUUGGUAGUUCCAAAUAUUUCGGCGCCCCAGCUACGUUUAAAUAAAAUAGAAUGUAAUACAUCAGGAAAGACUGUCAGUAAAUAUUAUUGUUAUUUAAAAAGUUAUAAAAGGAAUAAUCCUUUGAUGAAUGUUGGAUACACAUUUGUAAGAAGAGUUGACGGCGUUAAGGCUGAUAUUCAAGUUCAACGGCAAUCAUCUGGCGAAAAGUUCAACACAGUUCUGAAUAUAGAAAAUCUUGAAAUUUGUAAAAUAUUAAAAGGCUCAUCGACUCUUCCAUUCAUUAAAGAAUACAUUGAAUUCGUAAGAAAUUCCAGUACCAAUGUACUAGAGAGUUGUGACAGAAUUGGUGAUUUUUCCAUAUCAAAUUUGUCUUAUGCUAGUUUGGGUAUGGUAAAAUUCUUUCCAGUUGCGUAUACAAGAGGCAAUCCUUUAUUAAAUGUAGAGUACACACUGGUUCGAGGAACUCCAAAUGCGAAGUUAUCUAAUGAAGUCUAUCGACAAACAGCGACAAAGAAUUAUUACAAAAUUCUUGAAUAUAAGGGAGCUGAAUUUUGUAAGAUUCUUCGGGAUGUUCCAAGUGAAUUUUAUGGUUCAACAUUAUUUGAUGUAUUAAGUUUUGGAAGAAGUCUCACUGGAAAUAUAUUGGAAACUUGUAAAGGUCCAGGAAAGUUUUACUCUGCAAAUGUAUCAGUGGGAGGUUUGGAAUCUUUAAAAGUAUUUCCUUCAGGUUCUUACAAAGUAUCACUCAGAUUACAUGAUGACUUGGAUGAUAAUAUUUUCAAUAUUACUUUCUAUGAUACUUUAGUGCAAAAAUGAAAUAUCAAAUGAGAAUAUUUAAUAAAUAUUUCCUGAUUUGAAGAAAAUAAGUUUAUUAGAACUUAAUAUUAUUAUCAGAUUUAAUAGAUCUGUCAGUAAUUGUGUGAAAUUU